GUGAGACCUUCCUCGCUUUUGUCGUAAGUUAACUGGCACUCUGCUCUGCUUCUAGGGUUUUCCAUUUCCAUUUUCUUUCAUCUUCUAUACUUCGAGAUGAGUCGGCACCCUGAGGUAAAGUGGGCCCAGAGGCCAGGCAAGGUUUAUGUUACAGUUCUAUUGCCAGAUUCCCAAAAUGCGAAGGUCAAUCUUGAUCCAGAGGGAGUUUUUACAUUUUUUGCUAAUGCUGGGGCAGGGAACCACGUCUAUGAAUUGAAGCUUGAUCUUUUUGAUAAGGUUAACGUAGAGGAGAGCAAAAUAAAUGUGGGGGUGAGAAGUAUAUUCUGUGUUUUGGAGAAAGCAGAAAACAAAUGGUGGACGAAACUACUGCGCGGAGAUGACAAGGCACCGCACUAUGUGAAAGUAGAUUGGGAUAAAUGGGUGGAUGAAGAUGAGGAUGCUGGUCCUGCUGACUCAGAUGUAGGAGGCAUGGAUUUCUCUAAAUUGGGCGGCAUGGGCGACAUGAUGGGAGGCAUGGGCGACAUGAUGGGAGGCAUGGGCGGCAUGAUGGGCGGAAUGGGCGACAUGAUGGGAGGCAUGGGCAAUGAUGGUAUGGGUGACGAUUUUGAUGACAGCGAUGAAGAGGGUAAGAAGUUGAAAAACAUUCUUAUUUGA